AUGGACGAUGAUCUGUUCCAACUGAGACAGCUGCCUGUCAUCCGAUUCCGUCGCACAGGUGAGAGCACACGCUCCGAGGAUGACUGCGAGAAUAGAGAACAGGUUAUCAGGAUUGCAGAGCCGACUGAACUGGAGUCUGUGGCACUUGCAGACGGAGCUCCAGUUCCUCGGGAGUUUGCCAAUCCAACUGAUGACACAUUCAUGGUGGAAGAUGCCGUCGAAGCCAUCGGCUUUGGGACAUUUCAGUGGAAACUCUCUAUCCUCACUGGUCUAGCCUGGAUGGCUGAUGCUAUGGAGAUGAUGAUCCUUAGCAUCUUAGCCCCACAGCUUCACUGUGAAUGGAGGCUGCCCAGCCUCGAGGUGGCACUGCUUACAUCGGCAGUGUUUAUUGGGAUGAUGAUCAGCUCUUCUCUUUGGGGAAACAUAUCUGACAAAUAUGGCAGAAAGACAGGUCUCAAGAUGAGUGUGCUUUGGACAAUGUUCUAUGGUGUGAUGAGUGCAUUUGCACCCGUUUAUGGUUGGAUCCUCGUCCUCCGUGCACUGGUGGGCUUCGGCAUCGGAGGAGCCCCACAGUCGGUGACACUGUAUGCUGAGUUCCUGCCUAUGAAGUCCAGAGCUACGUGCAUCUUGCUGAUUGAGAUAUUUUGGGCACUGGGCACUGUGUUUGAGGUCCUCCUAGCCAUCCUGGUGAUGCCCACUCUCGGCUGGCGUUGGCUGCUUGGCCUUUCCACCAUUCCUCUCUUCAUCUUCUCCUUACUGUGUUUUUGGCUACCAGAGAGUGCCCGAUAUGACGUGCUGACAGGGAACCAGGAAAAAGCUCUGGCCACAUUGAAGCGCAUCGCUACAGAGAACGGAGCACCAAUGCCACUGGGAAAACUUAUUGCUGCCAGACAGGAGGACCGAGGAAAGAUUCAAGACUUAUUUUCAUCAGACUUUCGCUGGACCACAGUUCUGCUAUGGUUUAUCUGGUUUGCAAAUGCCUUCUCAUACUAUGGGCUGGUGUUGCUCACUACAGAGCUGUUUCAGGAGGGAGGUGCAUGUGGAAUGUCCAAAGGUAACAAAAGGGAGCUAAGAUGCAACUUGGAGUGUAAAUAUCUGAACUCUGACGACUACAAAGACCUGUUGUGGACCACCUUAUCUGAAUUCCCAGGACUGCUGGUGACACUGUGGGCUAUUGAUCGAUUGGGGAGGAGGAAGACCAUGGCGUUGUGUUUCUUCGUCUUCUCUAUGUGCAUCAUUCCACUCUAUGGCUGCGUCGGGAGAGUAUCCAUGACGGUGUUGAUAUUCGUCGCCAGAGCUUUCAUCUCAGGAGGAUUCCAGGCUGCUUAUGUGUACACUCCAGAGGUGUACCCAACAGCGACCAGGGCUUUAGGUCUGGGAAUGAGCAGUGGAAUGGCCAGAGUUGGUGCACUCAUAACACCUUUUGUUGCACAGGUGAUGUUGGAGUCGUCUGUGUACCUGGCUCUCUCUGUGUACUGCUGCUGCUGCCUCCUAGCCGCCAUCGCCUCUUGUGCACUGCCAAUUGAAACAACAGGCCGGGGCCUACAGGAGUCCAGCCACCGUGAAUGGGGCCAGGAGAUGGUGGGCCGGGCCUCCUCCCAGAGCUCAGGGGGAAUCCCUCCCUCCAGCUCUGUUUCCCAGGGCUGA